CGAAGGGGAUGUCGACAGCAUCAGCCCUUUCAGAGGGGCAGAAAUAUAGGUCUCCAUUAUAAAAUGCAUGCAAUUUUACACGGGUUGAACAACCGUUUUUUACAAAUGGGUAGAAUGCAGUUUUCUUCCACAAGUGACUCCCGCAGUUUCAUUCUAACCUCACCCUCACCCUUGGAGCUCCUGCCCAAACUCACCAAACUCCAAGGUCAUGAGAAGUUUUGAAGAGGUCCUUCAUUUGGGAAACUUUGGGACUACCAGACUUCUCAUCUUUUUUUUAAUGCCAUAAAGCAGUAAACGAGAAGCAUAACAGCAGCUUCCCAAACUCACAAAGGCUGAAUCACUCGCUCAGUUUGGAUGUUGAUUUUUUUUCUCAUUUCUGGAGUGAUCCAAUCCCCAGACACAAAACAACCUACAUUGGGCUUACUCGACAGGAGAGCCUUUUUCUACAGGCACACAAGCAAACACCUGUAGAAAUGCACCAACCACACGUUCUGUGCUUGCAACUCCUGCAGCGCAGCUGAACAGUUGGAGAAACUGGCUAGAAUUACAAUGACGCAAGAGUAGGAAUUCAGCCCAAAUUGUGACCUAGGGCAGCAGGUAGGACUUUAAUCCUCUUGUAAACAUACAACGCCGAGUUUCCCAGGACUUGGAGGAAGGCCGAGCCUCCGCAGCUGAGAGACCUGCCCAGGUAGGUCAGCUUCUUCUGAGCAAGAAUCUGGCCCCUCCCAGACAUCUGUUGCGAGUGGCAGGCGGGGCGUUUGCUGUGUGUCGGUAUCAGGUAACGCCCCCGGAUCACCUUUCUAUGCACCUCCUGAGCUGAGGAGGGAAUGUAAGUCUUUCAGCCAGGAAAAUAUAUAUAUAUAAGUCGCAGAAGCAGCAGCAGCUGCAGCUGUGGCAGCUUCUUCUUGAGCUGCGUGCCCUCCUGACCUGUUCCCACCCUGCCCACCAAGAUGGGAGCCAAGCACUGCUUUGCCAAGUUCUUCCAGGAUGGGUCCUCCUUCUUCCACCUGGGUCGGAAAUACCAGUCCCUGGGCAGCAAGGAGACAGGAGAGCAGUCGGAAGACGAAUCUGAACUGAAGUCACUUCAUCAAGAGAAAGAAAUUGAGGCCAUUCCUCCCAAAACAGCUUGCCAAUGUCAAGUAGAAGAGCUGGCCAAAACCUUGCAGGUUGACUUAGAUCGAGGACUUUCAGAAUUCUCAGUGUUGCACCGCAGAGUCAAACAUGGCUGGAAUGAACUUGUGGCAGAUAAUACAGAACCAGUGUGGAAGAAAUACCUUGACCAGUUUAAGAACCCUCUGAUCCUUUUGUUACUGGCUUCUGCCGUGGUUAGUCUGAUUACUAAAGAGUACGAAGACUCCGUGAGCAUUACAAUGGCUGUCGUUAUUGUUGUCACAGUAGCGUUUGUCCAGGAGUAUCGCUCUGAAAAAUCGCUGGAAGAACUUAACAAGUUGGUUCCACCAGAAUGCAACUGCCUGAGAGAAGGAAAAAUGCAACACCUUCUCGCUCGAGAACUUGUGCCAGGAGAUGUUGUCUGCCUUUCCAUCGGAGAUCGCAUCCCUGCAGACAUAAGACUCACAGAGGUGAUAGAUCUCCUGGUGGAUGAGUCCAGCUUGACUGGUGAAGUGGAACCUUGUAGUAAGAACGAUGGCAUCUUAGCCUCUUCGGGAGACAUCAUGACUCUCACCAACGUGGUCUUCAUGGGAACUCUUGUGAGAUACGGCAAGGCUAAAGGGAUUGUUAUUGGAACUGGUGAAAACUCACAGUUUGGGGAAGUCUUCAAAAUGAUGCAAGAGGAAGAGACUCCAAAGACACCUUUGCAGAGAAACAUGGAUAAAUUGGGAAAACAACUUACUAUAGCUUCCUUUGGGAUCAUUGGUUUACUCAUGCUGAUUGGCUGGCUUCAGGGGAAACAUCUCCUUGACAUGUUCACCAUUGGAGUGAGCUUGGCGGUGGCUGCCAUCCCCGAAGGCCUGCCCAUCGUAGUCACGGUGACUCUAGUAUUGGGUGUCUUGAGAAUGGCCAAGAAACAAGUCAUCGUAAAGAAGUUGCCCAUAGUGGAAACUCUAGGCUGUUGCAAUGUGAUUUGCUCUGAUAAGACUGGAACUCUCACCAACAACGAGAUGGCCGUGACUCAGCUUGUGACCUCCGAUGGAUUUAAGGCAGAGGUGAGUGGAGUUGGAUAUAACAGAGAAGGAAGUGUGUGCCUUUUACCCUCGAAAGAAGUCAUCAAAGGAUUUUCAAACAUAUCAGUGGGAAAACUUGUGGAGGCUGGUUGUGUCGCCAACAAUGCCGUGAUCAGGAAGGCAGCCGUGAUGGGGCAACCCACAGAAGGGGCCCUCCUUGCCUUGGCUAUGAAGAUGGACCUGGAUGAUAUAAACGAUACUUACGAGCGAACGAAAGAGAUUCCCUUCAGCUCAGAGCAAAAAUGGAUGGCUGUGAAAUGCGCUUUGAAAAAUCAGGACCAAGAAGACAUCUACUUCAUGAAAGGGGCCUUUAAAGAAGUGAUGCAGCAUUGCACCAUGUUCAACAACGGAGGGAUUGCUCUGUCUUUGACUCCCCAACAAAAAGCUUCCUACGCCCAAGAGGAAAAGCGCAUGGGUUCCCUUGGCUUACGAGUGCUUGCCUUGGCUUCUGGCCCAGAACUCGGCAGAUUAACCUUUCUGGGUCUGGUUGGAAUCAUUGAUCCCCCACGAGAAGGCGUCAGAGAAGCCGUUGAAGUUCUCAAUGGCUCAGGUGUAGCUGUGAAAAUGAUAACCGGAGAUGCCUUUGAAACAGCUUUGGCCAUUGGGAAGAACAUUGGUCUUUGUAAUGGGAAAAUGAACGCUAUGUCUGGGGAAGAACUGGAAAACAUGGAUGACUCAACGCUGUCUUCAAAAGUCCAAAAUGUUUCCAUCUUCUUCCGAACAAGCCCCAAACACAAAGUUAAAAUAAUAAAGGCUUUGCAAAAAGCUGGGGCCAUCGUGGGAAUGACAGGGGAUGGAGUGAACGACGCCGUGGCUUUGAAGUCUGCCGAUAUUGGGAUCGCGAUGGGACGGGCAGGCACGGAUGUGAGCAAGGAGGCUGCAAACAUGAUUCUUGUGGAUGACAAUUUCUCAGCCAUCAUACACGCCAUAGAAGAAGGGAAGGGCAUAUUUUACAACAUUAAGAACUUCGUUCGAUUUCAACUCAGCACGAGCAUCUCCGCUCUAAGUUUAAUAGCUCUGUCCACCAUAUUCAAUUUGCCAAAUCCACUCAACGCUAUGCAGAUCUUAUGGAUCAAUAUCAUCAUGGAUGGCCCGCCAGCUCAAAGUUUGGGUGUUGAGCCAGUAGACAAAGAUGCUAUCAAGAAGCCACCAAGAAACACCACAGAUACAAUUCUCAGCAAGUCCCUGAUUCUAAAAAUUAUCCUUUCGGCAACUGUUAUCAUCAUGGGGACCAUCUACGUCUUUUGGAAGGAGAUUCCGGAAAGUGGCAUAACGCCCAGGACGACAACAAUGACUUUCACUUGCUUUGUUUUCUUUGACCUCUUCAACGCCCUGACCUGUCGUUCUCAGACAAAACUGAUACUGGAAAUCGGUCUUUUCCGAAACCGCAUGUUCUUAUAUUCGGUGCUAGGAUCUAUUUUGGGUCAAAUGGCUGUCAUUUACAUCCCUCCCCUGCAAAAGAUCUUCCAGACAGAAAAUUUACAAGCGUUGGACCUGUUGUUCCUCACGGCCCUAUCGUCUUCAGUCUUCAUCCUCUCAGAAGUGGUAAAAGUGUGCGAGAAAUAUUGCUGCAGGUCGAAAGCAGAUCACAGACCACUGGAAAUGGUCUGAACGAACGGGACACGCCUUGGGUCAACGGCGCGAGGGCCAAGACCAUGGGGCACAGGGCCAAAGGAAGGGUCAAAUAAAGAGACCGAGUAGCCCUCAGCUGCAUAACGGAUUGGGAAAAAGACGUUCAGAAGACACCUUCCCUAGUUUCUCAGUAUGUAAAGGUGAUGGCAGAAGACCUUUAUUUCCAGACUUGGAAGGUUCUGCCCAUGUAGCCUCACAACCAAGCGGAAUCCGCUCAUCGGGUCAUGAAUCGUUGGAACCCUGCCUUCCAGUUGGGUUCAAAGGUUAAUGUCAGAUUCUGCAAAUCCCUUGGGAGUAAUUUGAGUCUCUUCUAAUCUCGGAAGGUCCCCAACUCUUAUCACAGUCCAGAUCCGGUUUUCCGAUCACCAGCCGCCUGGAUUCCAUCUAAGUCAUCUGACCAUUCUCUCUCCCCUUCCCUUCAAAACAGGCCCCAAAAUUGAGGAGUUGCCUGCCUUUUAUUUAUUUAAAGAUGUAAUAAAGACACUUGUU